GAUUUUGUCGUAUCCGGUGGAUCGACGACAGGGCAUACGCCUGACGCAGGUACACAAGGCUACGGCAAGGAGGCGACUACCACCGCAGAUCAGUUGUUUAAAAGCACCCUUUCCCUCUGGGCAAAGCUUCUUCUUCACGGCCUUGACAAUCACAUGUUAGUGUAG